AUCAGUCGGGUGGCAACUGUCGAGCAUGUGUGUCGUCUCUCGUGUCUGUUUAGUUGUGUCUUAAAUUGCACACAGAUCACCAAUUGCAUGUACACCCUAGUACAUGAAGGAACGACAGACAGUUCGCGAACAUGUGAUUUUGACAGAGAAUACGUUUCGUCGACGCUCGUUACCGCGUGCGUGAAAAGUGAAGGUUUUCCUUGCCGGAUAUAUCGUUACCCUGUAGCAGCUUCGUUCGAGGGGGUGGAGAAUAAUGUUCUGAGCCGUGAACCACGCACAUCAUGGUUGCUAAGCACUUCACACAGGGCUCCAGCCCUGAGUUGGGUGUCCCGGAUAUGACAGUCAUCAGUGACAUCGAUGAAACGGGAAUUAAUCGGAAUCUCCAAGUCCGCUAUAAGAGGGACCAGAUAUAUACGUACACGGGAUCCAUACUGGUGGCUGUGAAUCCGUACAAAGAGGUGGACUUCUACACGAACGAGUACGUGAAUCGAUAUCAUGGACAGAAGAUGGGCUCUCUGGAGCCACACGUAUUCGCGUUGGCGGAAGCAGCGUACAGGUCUCUCCAGGACACGGAGAGCAAUCAAUCCUGCGUGAUAUCGGGAGAAAGUGGCGCUGGCAAGACGGAAACCACGAAAUUCAUCUUGCAAUACCUUUGCUCGGUGACCAGCAAUGUGGACACAUGGGUGGAACAACAAAUUCUAGAGGCGAACACCAUCCUCGAAGCUUUCGGAAACGCGAAGACAGUAAGGAACGACAACAGCUCCCGGUUUGGCAAGUUUAUGCAGGUGUGCUUCGACAGUAAGUGGAUGAUCAAGGGCUGUAUCAUCCAAGAUUACUUGCUUGAGCAGAGCCGUAUAACUUUUCAAAGUAGCGGAGAAAGGAAUUACCAUGUGUUCUAUCAGCUGGUCGAAGCUGGAACCAGAGACGAGGAAUUCGCGGAACAAUAUAAACUGAUGCCAGCAAGCCACUACAAGUAUUUGAAUCAGUCUGGUUGUGUGAAGAUCGAUGGAAUCUCCGACUGCAAGAAACUCGAUGCUCUUAGGCUUGCGUUUAACGUGCUACAGGUCGCGCCGGAAAUGUGCGAGGGUAUUUUCAGAGUCCUGUCUGCCAUUCUUUGGUUGGGCAAUUUGAGCUUCGAGGACGUGGAUGGCGAAAGAUGCGAACUAACUAAAGAAGACCUUGACAUCGUUGGUACGGUUGCUCCUUUGCUCGGGCUGCAGGUUGAGGAUCUCACCAAAGUGGUGCUUAUACGACAGAUAAACGUCCGCGGAAAUAUCACCGAGAUACCAUUGAAGGUUCAAGAAGCCCGUGAAAACAGGCAUGCGAUGGCAAAAGCAUUGUACUCGAGAACGUUCGCCUGGUUAAUCAAUCAUAUAAACAAUUGCACGAAUCCUGGCCAGGACAGCUCCAGAUUUCUUGGUGUUUUGGAUAUAUUUGGCUUCGAGAACUUUGCCGUCAACAGCUUCGAGCAACUGUGUAUCAAUUACACGAACGAGAAGCUGCAUAAGUUUUUCAAUCACUACGUGUUCGCGCUGGAACAGGAACUAUAUCGACAGGAAGAGAUCCAAUACUCCCAUAUCACCUUCACUGACAACACCAUGUGCCUGGAAUUAAUCGAGAAACCUCCACGAUGUGUUCUUAAAUUACUGACCGAGCAGUGCCAUAUGCCGAAAGGCUCGGACCUAGCUUACCUGACCAAUUUGCAUGCAGAAUUCGAGAAUCAUCCUUGCUACGUGAAAGGAGACGAUAGGCGAAAAUGGGAGAAAGAAUUUGGAGUGAAACACUACGCUGGAUGCGUUACUUACGCAGUCGAAGGAUUUGUCGAUAAGAAUCGAGAUGUACAACAAGAUGUGUUCUUCGAUUUCAUGUCUAGGAGCACAAAUGAAUUUGUUCAAGAAAUCACAGUUUAUCAGGAUCUUCUGGGAUGCACGGUAGCUCGUGCAAGUGGAAAUGCAACUACCAUGUCUCGUGGAACAUCCAAGGGAAAACCAACCCUCUGUGAUUCCUUCAGACAUCAAUUGCAGGCUCUGGUCGAUGUUCUUCAAGCUACCACACCCUGGUACGCUAGAUGCAUCAAGCCAAAUAUGCAAAAAGUGUCGAAUCACUAUGACGAGAAGCUGGUUCUGGACCAGCUGAAAUAUUUAGGCAUGUUAGAUAUUAUUAGAAUCAGGAAGGAAGGCUUUCCUAUACACAUGCCCUUCCACGACUUUAUAGCGAGAUAUCGUUGUUUAGAUAAAGCACGUUUAUCACGUUCUUAUAACGAGAAAGAGGCUGUUAGGUGCUUAAUCAGUAGUCAGGGUAUCCCUGAAACUGAAUGGCAAAUAGGCAAAACUAAAGUGUUUUUAAGAAGCUAUGUACACGAGCCACUGGAAGAUUGUAGAAAUCAAAUGGUUACCAGUAACGCUAUGAUGAUACAGAAAAUAUGGAGAGGCUACGUAGUUCGACGAGAGUAUAAACGCGUGAGAGACGCUGCACUGAAAGUGCAACAUGCAUACCGAGGCUGGAAACUGAGAAUAAUGUUCAUCAGAAAACGAAGAGCAGCCAUUGUGAUACAGAGUCAUCUGCGUGGCGUAUUCGCAAGGGAGGUUGCGGCUGCUUUGAGAGAAAUGAGACGAGUAGACGAAGAGAUGAGGAAGAGGGAGAGAUUGGAAGAGGAGAGAAGAUUGAUGGAGGAUAAGAAGGCUCUGGAAGAAAGUCAAAGCGCACAGUACAAUGGUAUUGUCGGGAUGGAACCCGGAAAAGCGCAAGAAGAGAUCGCUGCAUUGUCGCAGAUGGCGGAGCAAAUGAAUUCUAAAAUGGCUGCCUCAGAUUUGCAGUCUGUAGACUUGGACAAUCUAUUUUCAUUUUUAUCCGACGUGCAAUCGACGAAGGGUAAUCAGAUAAUUGAAGAAAUUGGUGAACAAAUGGAUGCAUUGGUCGAAGACCUCGAUGUGGAACUGGAGACUGUAAUUCAGCAAGAAAUGGAGUUAAAUUCAAAAGCGGAAUCUAAAGCAAAUACUCCAAAUGGGCAAGAAGCUACCUCGCCAUUGCAACAAUCAUCACAGCAGCAGCAGCAACAGCAAAGGAUACCUUGUCCAAACACUGGCAAACUCGGUCAGCCGAGUCUUCCAGAGCCCACUGAACCUCCUCCACCUCCGCCACCUCCUGCUUCAGCUUUAACGAUGAACGGUGGCGAUUCCUCUAUUGAUAAUGGAGAGCCUAUCUACGAGUCUGUUUUACCUCGUGAAGAGAACAGUCCUAGCAGUCCAAUUUUAGUCAAUGGAAAUUCUGGAUCAUUAGUUAACGGUGAAUCCUGUGGUUCACCUCCACCUGCACCAAAUAACAAAGUCAUUAAAGAACCGAUUGCUGGUAGCCCUCCAUCGAGACCGGAAUCUAGAAACUCAAAUAGUCUCCAUUUAUUGCACCAUAAUCACCACCAACCGGUACCACAACAGCAACAGAAUGGUCAUGAUCAACAACAACAGCAGGUGCAGCAAUCUCAACAACCACCUGUGGAGAGAGAACAGAGACGCAAAUGCAGAGUGGAGCGUAAACUUCAAGAAUUGGAGGACAAGAAAGAGCCUGAUAACGAAGUUACUUAUCAUGAUAUCGUAGAAUUUGCGCAAAAUUAUUUCAAUAGCCACGAAAGAUCACCCGAGGGUACAAUCAUGGCUACGCUCACUAGAAAAUCACGUGGCAAGAGCGUAGAAUUCAUCCCAAAGUAUGAAAUGGUUACCUACUACAAAGGUUCUACUAUACCGAAUUCUCACAUUCAUAUGUACGACCCUGAUAACGUUAAUGUGGCUUGUUCUGUCUUCAGGGAUCUUUGUAAGUAUAUAAGAGGAGAGAUGAAACUAGAUCAGGAAAUUGCAACUAUUCAAAGUAUAAUAGGUUAUGGUAUUGAGCGUGAAGAAUUAAGAGAUGAAAUUUUCGUCCAAUGUAUGCGACAAGCAACUAACAAUCCUAACCCAGAAUGGGCUGAACGAGUCUGGUUAUUGCUCUGUUUGGCUAUAGUUGCUUUUCAACCUAGUAAACUACUGUACAAGUAUUUCGUGUCUUUCUUGCGAAAGAAUUUGGCUCUCGAGGGCAAACUACGGCAAUACGUUCAGUGGUGCGUGGAUAAUUGUAAAAAUAUGAAAGUUUCCUGUAGACAACAUCCACCGUCGACGGUAGAGAUUGCGGCUAUGAGGCGACUAGGCACGAUAGUUUGUCGAUUCUUCUUUUUGGAUGGAAGAACUAAAGCAAUCGAUGUGCAUCCAACUGAUACUGCUUCCGAUGCUGUUGCUAAGUUAGGUGAAAAAUUGGGUCUCAGGUCUUUAGAAGGUUGGGCAAUUUACCAAAGUAGACCGGAUGGCGAAGAACAUGUUCGAGCGCAUGAUUAUCUAUAUGAUGUUAUAGCUGCUUGGGAAAUGAAACAAUGCAAAUUAAACACAGCACAAUCAACAUUUUCAACACUUCGUCGUGGAAAUAAUGCUACUUUAGGGAGUGGCGAUAAUCGAUUCGUUUUCAAACGAAGGCUUUUCCGAAAUACCCGAGAAAUAUCCCAAGAUCCCGUCGAGGUGAACAUGCUGUACGCUCAAGCUGUAUAUAACGUUGUGAAGUGCGACGAUUUCCCGGUAUCGGAAAAGGUCGCGCUCCAAUUGGCGGGCUUACAAGCGCAAGUCGCCUUGGGCGAUCCAAAAGAUAACGAUCGGCUGGAUUACUACAGCGAGGUGGAUAGUUUUUUGCCUUAUCGAAUCAGCCGUGCUCGAGGCGACGAUGUUUGGGUGCCAAUCAUAGCGCAGGCACACAGACAGUAUGGCGCCGGUCGCAAAGAAUUGGCAGCCAAGGUGUUGUAUUUAUCUUGCGUGAUGCAAUACCCUCUCUACGGUACGACUAUGUUCAACGUAACUUAUCGUGGUUAUUGGUCGUAUGGCAAUCAACUAAUCUUGGGUAUAAACUGCGAUGGAUUGAUGCUGAUCAAGCCGGAUGAUAAAUUUGUCUUAUCGGAGUAUCGUUAUCAGGAUGUGGAAAGCAUCAUGCUAGACCCAAGUGACUCUUUCAUAACACUGUCUCUUCUACGUCACAAUCCCGACAGCUCGCACAAGUGUUUUGUUUUUGAAACGCCACAGAAGAACGAGAUAGGUAGUCUGAUCGUUAGUUACUGUCCAGCAUUGGCAGGCUGGAUCACGGAAAACGAGGUUCCUACUAAGAAGCUCAAGUGUAUUACCAACGAGGAUCGUAUUAGGCUCUAUCAUAACUUAGUCAAUUGCCGAAGAACACUAGUGGACGCGGAGAUAUUGAGAAAACCUCAAGACUCUGGUGGUGGUUUUCUAAGAAACACUUUGCGAAGAUUGUCUAAGCACAAGAUAGAGAAACUUAGGCAAGAACAUGGUAGCGCGACUGAUCAUGGUGAAACCUAUAAAGGAUUUCCUUAUGCCUAUUGGGCAUUCAGCAGACAAACUAUACCUCAGAGUCUCUCAAAACUACCCGAUCCGGAUGAACAGAUGGCUCUUAGUGUAUUCCAAUUAAUUUUAACUUACGCUGGAUUAGGACAAAACGGAGAUACGGUUCGUAGGGUAGAAGAUGAACACGUAAACUUGAUACAAACCGUGAUGGAACGUUGUAUAAGAAAGGAGAAUCUCUUAGGUGAACUGUAUCUUCAAUUGAUUAAACAAACGACAGAUCACCCUGAUCCUAAUAGUCGAGUCAAUCUCAGGCAUUGGGCGUUACUUUCUUUGGCCUGUUCAGUUAUUCUACCUCCACAGAAAGUAAUUCGAAAGUAUCUGAUAGCGCAUUUGAAACGAUGCGCUAGUGAUUACGUUACGGAGGAGGGAAAAUACGCCAGAUUUGCUGAAAAGUGCCUUUACAAGACGCAGGGCACGAGAAGAAGACAAUGGCCGCCGAGCAGAGAAGAAAUAAUGUGCACGAUUAAUCGCAGGCCUAUUUAUGCGAGAUUCCAUUUCAUGGAUGGACAAUAUCAUGCUGUUGAAUUUCAUCCUUCAGCAACAGCUAGAGACGUUAUGGAGAUUAUCAAGACUAAGAUUGGUUUAGAAGAAACUGCCAUGGGUUAUGCCAUUUAUGAAGUCUUAGGACCGACCGAAAGAGCAUUGAUACCAGAAGAAAAGAUUGCCGAUGUGAUGUCGAAAUGGGAGCGUUACAGAACGGCGAACGCACAACAGAAUCAAUCGCAAAGAAAGCACGCACAUCAUUUCUUCUUAUUUAAGAAACAUUUGUUCCUUGAUCAGUACAUGAAUCUCGAUGAUCCGGUGGAGAAAGAGUUACUUUAUCAUCAAGUACUGCAUGAUUUACGCGCUGAUCGAUUUCCUAUUACUGAGAAAGAAGCUAUGAUGCUGACAGCGUUACAAGCGCAAUUAGAACUAGGUGAUUGUGAAGACGCUGUAUCGGAUCACGAUUACCGAACUAUAUCAAGUCACUGCCUUCCACCAAGACUGGUUCCAAGUUUAUGCAUUGAAGGAGUACUUCAACACCAUCAAUCACUACGUGGAAUGACACCGCCCGAAGCGAAGAAGGCGUUCCUGAAUUUAAUUCAAUCGUGGCCGCUUCAUAGGGCUACGAUAUUCGAUGUCAUGCAAUCAUUUACUUCGAAUUGGCCACGUGUUCUGUGGUUGGCCGUCGACCAGCAAGGUCUUCACCUUUUGGAGCAUCGUUCCAGAAACACUCUCUGUACCUACGAAUAUAGCAGUAUUCUCAGUUAUAGUCCAGCUGUUAGUUGUUUGAUGAUUAUCACUGGUACUGAUAAGAAGCAGAGCAAAGUUAUCCUUACGACAUCUCAGGCACACCAAAUUGCGAACUUAAUUCGCGAAUACAUGGAUGUUCUUCAAUCACCACCGGAAGUACCGAAAAGAGAAUCGGCAAUAGCCCAACAAAUAGCGCAGCAACCGAUUCAACAACCAUCGACAAAUCUUACGGCUCCUGCCGGUGGUCGUAAAUCUCGACCCGCUUCGGUAUUACACAGAGGUGCUCCAGUGAUACAAUCGCAAGCUAGUUAAAAAGUUAGGUAACUUAUUAGAUGCGAUACUUCUCCUCAACCUCAUACCUUAAUCUUUAUCUCACACACACACACAUAUACACGUAUAUACAUAUAUGUAUAAUAUAUAUAU